UUCAAGUUUCAAGUGCAGAAAGGAUUGCGCCGAGAAGUAAGCGAAGGGAACUCGUAGACGCCUGUCUCAGGUCUAUUCCUAUUCCAUUUAAAGACUUAAAGAGAUCUUGCUCAUUGAUUCAUUCUCCGAAUGUCUUCCUCCUGGGAGACAGAAUAGAGAGGACCCCCCAGCAGCGUGAGGAGGGAAAGCCAUGGGGAAUUUCAUACGGACUCACUGUGUUUGUUUCAGGCGUUUCUGUCCUUGUGUCUUCCACACGCCCAAACCCAAAGAGUCGGACAGGGUGGUCGAAAACAACAUGCCCACCCUGCCCCAGCAUCUACCACCAAAAGCGCUACUGCAGCACAAGGUCUAUGUGGCUUUAUACGAUUACUCGGCUCGCACUCCCGAGGACCUGAGCUUCGAAGCGGGGGAGAUGUUGGAGGUGACCGACCAGUCCUCAGACAACUGGUGGUUGGCUCGGUCACUGGUGCGAGGAGACGGCAGGCAAGGUUACAUUCCCAGCAACUACGUUGCGCCCGAUCACAGCAUAGAGGCAGAACCAUGGUUCUUUGGAAGGAUCAAACGAUUAGAUGCAGAGAAACAGUUGUUAUUGGCUGGGAAUGGAAAUGGCUCCUUUAUAAUCCGAAAAAGUGAAAGCACUUUCGGUGACUUUUCGCUGUCAGUUCGUGAUGAAGACUCUGUGAAACAUUAUAAAAUCAGGCUGCUGGAUGAAGGUGGAUUUUUUAUCACAAGAAGAGCAACAUUCCAAAAUUUGGAAGAUCUUGUCAACCACUAUAUGAUAAGUCAAGAUGGUUUGUGCACGAGACUUACCGCUCCAUGUCAGAAGCUGGAAACACCAGUAACUGUUGGAUUAUCCUACAACACUGUGGAUCAAUGGGAAAUUCCUCGUAAUUCUCUGAAACUGAUAAAGAAAUUAGGUGCUGGAACAUUUGGAGAAGUAUGGCAAGGAGUUUGGAAUGACAGAACUCAAGUUGCAAUAAAAACACUAAAAACUGGUACGAUGGCCAAAGAAGACUUCCUUAGGGAGGCACAAAUAAUGAAGAGGCUGAGACAUUCGAAGCUUAUUCAGCUGUAUGCUGUCUGCACUAUAGAAGAACCAAUUUACAUUAUUACUGAAUUGAUGAAAAAUGGGAGCUUGCUCGACUACUUACACAAAAGCCAGGGGAUGACUUUGACCAUAAAUGACCUGCUGGAAAUGUCUGCACAGGUGGCAUCAGGCAUGGCAUAUCUGGAAGUUCAGAAUUAUAUCCAUCGGGAUUUAGCUGCCAGGAAUGUACUGGUUGGAGAGAACAACAUCUGUAAAAUAGCUGAUUUUGGACUUGCUCGAGUUUUUAUAACAGAUGAUGAAAAUGUUUAUGAAGCUAGGGAGGGAACAAGAUUUCCUGUAAAAUGGACUGCACCAGAAGCCAUCCAUUCAAAUAAGUUCAGUAUCAAAUCUGAUGUUUGGUCCUUUGGAAUCCUGCUGUAUGAAAUAAUCACUUUCGGAAAGAUGCCUUAUCCAGGGAUGACAAAUUACCAAGUUAUCCAAGAAUUGGGGAAAGGAUACAGAAUGCCAUGCCCUUCAGAAUGCCCUCCAGCAUUGUAUGAAAUCAUGUUAGAUUGCUGGAAGGACAAAGAUUUUGAGCGGCCAACAUUUGAAACACUGCAGUGGAAGCUGGAGGACUUCUUUGAGACUGAUCUUUCAGCCUAUACAGAUGCUAAUGUUUUUGUUAGCUAAUGUACAUAAGAAAUGUUAAUAAUUUACUACCUGCUACAUCGCAUCUUGAUACUUGUUAUAACUUAUCCCAGCAGUUAAGUUAUAUACAUAUACAUUCAACUAUUAAUCAAUUUGAGGCUAGCAUGUACAUAUGUACAUACUAAGCCCAAAUUAAUUUAUUGCUGAAUGCAUAUGUAUUAUUUACCCCAGGAGUACAGCCAUAAACCACGCAUAAGCACAAAGGCUGUAAUGACUUCCAUGUAACUGAUCUUAAUCUAUACAUUAUUUUAUAUGAUGUACACAGAUCAUAUAUGUCUGGUGUGGCAUCAGUGGAAGUGGGUUAUCUAGAUAAAGGGGCAAUUACUAUUCAAAACCAUUCAAUGCUUCAAUGCUAGGGAGGAAAUCAUCAAUUUGAUUUCUAUCUGGAAAGGUUAUGUACAGAUGUUGGAUGAGAACAGGACUGGGCUUGGUUGUGAUGCUUUUCGAGUUCAAAUAGCUUGAUAUUACUGAUUGUUUAUGUGCAAGACAAUGACCAAUUGGAUGAGCAACCAGAAAGUGACCCUUGGCCAUGGAGCUGUACUUUUAUGUGAGGCAGUGCCUUCAGAAAAGAUAGACAAGGAAUAAUAAAUAUAUUGACUAUCAGUUGUCUUAUUACUGGGGGUGAAACAUGCCUGCAACAUUCCAUUCUGACACCAGUGUCUAAGUUAGAAGAAUAUAGAGGAAAAUUGGGUGGGAUACAUAAUCCAUUAUUGCCUAAUUUGUACCCCUACCGAAAUUGAACUUUACCUCUAUUGUCUUCAGAAUAUAUUGGAAACAAAGUAACUUGUGCAUACUAUGGUGUUAUUACAUAAUGCACAUGAUAUAUAGCAUAUAUCACCAGUUGUGCCUAGCUGUAUUCAAUUGGUAGUUAAAAGCAAAAUGCUGCAGAUGCUGGAAACCUGAAACAAAAACAGAACAUGCUGGAAAAACUCAGCAGGUUUAACAGCAUCUGUGGAGAGAAAGACAGAGUUAACGUUUCGAGUCCGUAUACAGCUCUGAAGAACAGUCAUACUGACUCGAAGCAUUAACUCUCUGGUUUUCUCUCCACAGAUUCUGUUAGAUCUGCUAAGUUUUUCCAUCGUUUUCUGUUCAAAUAGUAGUUGUCAGUUUUUGUUCUUUUCUCUCCUCACUGUCCCCCUGAGAUUCACACAUUAUUUCUGUAAAUAUUCUAACUAGAUAAAUGAUUGCCACAAGAACAGAAAAUGAUGUCACACCCUUUGGCAUAUAUUUCUCACUCAUUAACCUGUUUUUAGUAAUUUGGUAAAAGUAUGUGUUUCUUUCAAUAAACACAAAUAUAGAACUAUACCCAUAGGACCAAAGCACUGGAGCACAUUCUCAGCAACCUACUUCAUGAUCGAAAUCAAAUCUCACUACAUUACAUUCCAUAUAGUCUUAAUGACACUUUCACUAUUUUAUAUAUAUAU